AUGUUCAACUUCUUCAAGAGCAAAAAGGAGAUCCUUCUCAGCGAGAUGCAUGACAUUUAUCAUGGCAUUAAUGCUGCAGGUAAAGGCCGCAAGUCAUAUGCUCAGAGUUGGAACGAUUUUGCUAAGUUUGCCAAGGCUAUGAUAUUAACACAGAACCCAGAUGUCACUGAACAGAUGGAUCGUUUAGUAGAUCUUUGCGCUAAGUAUGGUGAAUCCCAAUCCCGCCUCGCCGAAGCCGAAAUCCGUAACUCCGAAGAUUUCCGCGAUGUUGCCGAAAGAUUUACAGUUGUAUACAGAGCUAACAACGAAUACAUCGACCAGAAGAGGAAAUUCCGUGAGCUCGAGGAAGCUCUUAAGAAUGCCAUCAAAAAGAAUGAAGAAGAAUCUCAGAAGUCAAACUACGCCAAGAACCAGGCCAAGUUAGAGGCAAAUAUUAAGAAGCUCAGAACAGAGAAGAAAGAAGCAUACGAACUUACAAAACAAAAACUCCGUGAUCUUAUCGACACACGUAACAAAUACAACGCUUUCAAGAUCCGCCGCUUCUGCCACGGCUGGUCAUUACUCGGAGAGGCCCUCAAGGCUGAAGGACAAACAAUGUCUCAGGUUCUUGACCAAAUUUCUGAAUGCCUUUCAAGCCUUUCCCUUUCAAAGGAGGCUGCCGCUGAAGUUCAACAGGCUGUCCAGGAUCAGGUCGCUGCUGCCCCUGCUACAAACUAUGCUGAACAACCAGUCGAAUCCAAUCCAUCAUUUGGUGGAUACGAUUAA